GCGAUGGUUUUAUCUUAUCUCCCACUCGUCUGCUAUUGCCCGCACGAUUGUUCAUAAACGAGAGAGACAAGAUUGAAUGAAAGGAGAGAGAAAGAGUACUUCCUGUCAUUCAAGUUCCGGGGUUUUGGUUGUGACGGGCUCUGUGCGCGUUUCAAAGCUACGUCAAGUGGUUGUCUUACGAAGAUUGCCUUGUAGUUUAUAUAAGCCUAAUUGUUUGUGAAUAGUCUCAGCGAAGAGUUGAAAUGAUGCUCUCGUGGAUGGAAAAGAUCCCGGACCAAGUAGGAUAUCUGGUGCUCAAUGCUGAUGGCGGUGUUAUGAGCUCGGGAGGCGAGCUUGAAAAUGAAGAGCGCAUUGGUGAGAUCAUCCGCAAGAUGGUUUACAGUGCAGACAGGCGUGAUCUACUGCCUACAGACAACAGUGAUACAAUCAACCGCAUGUCAAUUUAUCUCGGGAAGUACUACUAUGUUGUGACCCUCUCCAGCCAAAAAAUUUUCAUAUCCAAGAGAGAGUACCUGCCUGUUGAGCCGGUUGUUGUGUAAGUAUACCGUACUGUACACUAGCCUAUGUAACUUCUGUAAAUAAAAUUUAUUGUUCCAAAGCA